AUGCCUUCGGCGCGACUCCCCGAAUGGUUCUUGUGCGUCGAUGCUGGCGGGACCGCCGUCAAGUGCGUCAUACGGUCGUCGACGGGCUUGACCAGCUCAGCCUUGGGCGGACCUUGCAAUGUCAAGAGCGUCGGGCCUCGCCAAGCGAUGCGGACCAUCCUGCGCGCAACUCAAGACGCCCUCUCCCAGCUUCCGCUGCUCGACUUCCCUUUCAACCCCAAUUCAACCGAUGAUCCCCCGCCUCUACCCGCUCGCUUCUUCAGUCGAGUAUGGCUUGGCUUGGCCGGAGUCCUUUACCCGAGCGACGUGGCCGACUUUGCACCCCUUGCUCGCGAGGCUUUCGGGUUCGAGGAAGGCGAGGAUGCGCUCAAGAUCACAAACGAUGGUCACCUGCUCGCCGCGCCUUGCUUGACGAUGGCGAACCUCGACUCGACCAUUGCGACGGUCGCUGGCACGGGCAGCUCUUUCCGAAGACAUGGCUCAGAGCUGGAAUUUAUCGGGCAAAGCGGAGGCUGGGGUUUCUUACUCGGCGACGAAGGUUCUGCGUUCGCCGUCUCGCGGAUAGCCAUGACGCGCCUUCUGAGCGAUUACGACCGUCGGACAACCGCGGCCCUCCGCGACCCACACGCCUCACUGUCUCCAGCGAUCCCUCUCUUUCUCGACCUCCUCCACCACUUUGACGUCCCCGACGCCGCUACCUUGAUCGACAAGACCUACCGCGACCACUCGAACGGAGUAGGCGGAUUCCUCGCCGGCGAGUCGAACCGCAAACUCUGGAUCGCCAGCGGCGCACGAGUCGUCUUCCGAUACGCCUUCGAGGAGGUGGGCGCUAAGGAUGCCGCGAGUCGCGAGAUGGCACUUGCGAUCGUUCGAGAAGCGGUCGCCCCGCUCGUCGACUCGAUUGUGCAGCUCGCGGGCGAUAGAAGCGUCGUGAAUCCGAGCAGGGCGCUGUUGUCGCUCGGAGGCGGGAUGUGGAAGGCGGAGGGCUACCGGGAUCUGCUGCUGCGCGGGUUGAAGGAGCGGGGACUUGAGUUUGCGGAGGUCAAGGUCGUCGAGAGUGCGGCGGAGGAGGGUGCCAAAGCGCUGUGCGCCCAGGCCUAG